UAGAUGUUUAAAGUCCACGUGAGUUUUUUCAAUGUUUACAUCGUUUACAUGUUUUCUUUCUUUUUUAUUAUUAAACAUUUAAUUAUAAUUAUUAGCUAUUCAUCAAAGAUAUAAUUGAAAACUAGGAAACUUUUAGUGUCAAGAAAUAUUAUUUAAAAGUUGUUCUCGUUUUAUUUCAUUUUAUUAUAUUAGAAUUAUUGCGGAGAAAAUCGAGAAAAAUAUUCCAAGAUUCACAAAAUGGAUUUGAUUGAAAUAAAUUUUCUAGACAAGGAUAUCUCUCCAUCUUUCGUUUCAAGUUUAAUGCUUUAUAUAAAGAUGAGGUUCUUUUCCUUUUUGCACACUUGUUAUUUUACUACAAUCCGAUAAACGCUGAUAAGUUUUAUUAUGAAUAAACAAGGAAUAAAUAAAUAUUUCUUCUGUUUCAUAUUUAUUGUUUUCUUUUCUUCUUUUGUUGCUGCUGAUGAUGAUGAUGAUGAUAAGGAAUGCGACAAAUCAAAGUGUCCCGGACCAUUGGCUUAUUACAAUGAUUUAGAUUGUAGACCCAUUUAUAAAAAUCCUGGCGAUUGUUGCGCUAUUAAAUAUGAUUGCUCUCAUCUAAAGGAAAGAUCAAAGAAAAAAUGUUAUGUUAAUGGCAAUGUUUAUGAAAUUGGAGAAAAUCUUAAAAAGAGCGAUGCAUUACCUUGUGAUAUUGGUUGUUUUUGCGCUGAAGGAUUUAAUGGAAUAGCUACAUUUAGAUGCGUCAUUGUUGAUUGCUUUCAUAGACUACCAAAACCAGGUUGUUAUUUGGGUCACACCCCAGGCAAUUGUUGUCCAGGUCCAGAAGUUUGUCCCACAAAUCCAGCCACUUGUCUCGUUGAUGGGAAAACAUUAACAGAAGGUGCAUACUUCCAACCAAAAGACAAUCCAAAAAAAUCCUGCUAUUGUAAACCUGGUUAUAAAGGAGAAAAUAUUGAACCAUUUUGUUACACUCCAAAGGGUGGAUUUUGUCGACCCGAUUUCAGACACAGUACCAAAAUUCACGAAAAUUGUGCCCCUACUUAUUAUUAUGAACAACCGCCUCAAACAUCUUGCAGUGUUUUUUACAGAUGUCAAAACAAUAACGAUACACUUAUUUCACGUCCUGAAACUAGAAAAGGUCCCAACAGUGACAAAACCAAUACUUGCACAUUUGGAAAUAUUGUCAUGAAAAUCGGCGACGAAUUGAAUCAAGCGACGGAUUAUAGUUCCGUUUGUGUAAAAUGCACAUGUGAAGUUCCUCCACUUCCAACUUGUCAACGUCUUUCUGAUGACGAAUGUGACGUCACUAAAUAUCCACCUUUUUAAACUUUUGAUUAAACAGAAAAUUAUCCGAAAGAAAUAAUUUUCCAUUUUAAUUAUUAUCACAAAAAAAAACGUAUUUUCCAUUUUAUUUUAAA